AAUAUUAUUUGCUACAGAAAUACAACAACAAACAAACUACAGCUAUAUAUAUUCGGAUAAAUUUUCGGAUAGCUUAACUUAGUUUCCUGCAUUCUAUAUAAGAUUUUUUAAACUACAAAAGCAACAACUCAUAACAUAACAAAAUGAUGAAUCAGGAUAAUCCUUAUGCGAUGAAUCAGACUUGCAAGGUCUGUGGAGAGCCGGCAGCGGGUUUUCAUUUUGGCGCAUUUACUUGCGAGGGUUGUAAGUCCUUCUUCGGCCGCUCUUACAACAAUCUAUCCUCCAUCAGCGAUUGCAAAAAUAACGGUGAAUGCAUAAUCAAUAAGAAGAAUCGCACCGCCUGCAAAGCUUGCCGGCUACGCAAAUGCCUGCUCGUGGGUAUGUCCAAGAGUGGUUCACGUUAUGGCCGACGUUCGAAUUGGUUCAAGAUACAUUGUCUCCUACAAGAGCAGCAGCAGCAAGCAGCGGCAGCAAUGGCAGCACAUCAUAAUAAUCAGCAGCAGGCAGCAGUUGCAGCCGCCCACGCAGCGGCACAACAUGGCGGACCACCACUUAUGCCAGGGCAGAAACCACCGGUGCCGCACGGCUUGUCACCACAUGCACCGCCCAGCAGCGUUGCAGCAGCUGCCGCACUUGGCAUGCUGGGUCAUGCAGGCGCCUACCCGGGACUCUAUCCGCCACGCACAAAGGAGGAAUUGCUUAUGUUGGGACUCGAAGAGUACGCUGCGGCAGCAGCUGCAGCCAAACAUCCAGCCACAGCAUCACCAGCCGUCAGCUCACCCGAUUCGCACAAUUCAGAUAACUCAUUAGAAAUGAGUACGCGUGGUAGCGCUGGCGCCAAUGCGCUGCUACACUUGAGCGCCAAACAUGCCCCAGAAGCCGGCGGUGCGUCAGCGACAGCGCCGCCACCACCGCAACUACGCAAAGACUUGCCACAUUUCCUGCCGUUGCCAUUCCCCGGACUCGGUUCGAUGCCAGUCAUGCCACCACCUGCCUUCCUACCGCCGUCGCACUUGCUCUUUCCUGGCUAUCAUCCAGCCUUGUACUCACAUCAUCAAGGGCUGCUGAAAACUUCAGCGGAACAGCAACAACAGGCCGCCGCGGCUGCUGCCGCUGUGCAUCAAUUAUUCAAUUCAAAUAAUGUUACGCAAAAUCGUUUACCACCCGCGAUGCAAGCGCCCAGCUCACCAUUGACAACGGCUGCCACUGCGCCAUACAGUAAUAAGUUGGAUGCUUGUAAGGAUGCGGAGCGCGUAGCGCAAAGUUCGAAGUGUGGUGACACGCUCAACAACAAUCACAUACCCAAUGGCGGCAAGGCGGCAGAGGAGCUCACGAAGCGUUUCUAUUUAGACGCUGUGCUCAAGUCGCAGCGCAAUAGUCCGCCGCCAACAACCACGAAAUUGCCCGAACAUCCGAAACACGAUUACUCCAUCUCCGCUCUGGUGACGCCGAAUUCAGAGAGCGGCCGCGAGCGUUUACGUAGUCGGCAAAGCAACGACGAAGACGAGGAAUCUGAGGAGCGGAAUGAUAUUACGCGGCGUUCCACAACUGCUGCUAAUGAUGCGCAUGCGCUUAUAGGCAAUGGUGGUGAUAUUGACGAACGGGCCAAGGCGCAGUGCGAUAAUGAUGAAGAUGACGACGAGGAACUGGUCGUGUCAAUGACGCCGCCGCAUUCGCCUGUGAAUAAUCGCACGCUCAACAGCGGCGCGGAUAAUGGUACCACUUCGACUAAUACAAACAAUACUACCAACAACACGCCCGCCACUACACCAACGCCAGCUGUGGCGACGCUACCGACCGUCUCCCCCACAGCGGCGAAGUCGUCACACCAACAGGACAACCCAAUUGAUUUGAGCAUGAAAACGUGCAGUUCAGUGGCAAGCAGCUCACUUAGUAGCAAAUGCAGCUCAACUGGCUCGGUGCAAGCAACAGACAGCGACAACGAAAUCGAGUGUGUAGGUGAGCAGGAAGAACAGACGAAGUGUCGACAACACAGUAAGGAUGCCGAAAAGCAAAUGCAAAGUUGCAAGCUGCUUGCAGAGUGCGCGGUGGAACCAUUACUCCAGGUGGACAUUGAUGACUCGGAUAAACCAAUUGACACAAGGCCGCUUAAGUUAUGUGACAGCAAUAAAAACAACAAUAAUAAUGACAACAACAGCGCUAACAACAACAAUAACGGCAACAAAAGUAAUAACAACAACAGUAAUAACAGCAACAACAAUUCAACGCAUCUUAUCAACUCAAGCGAUAGCGAUGAAAGCGUUCUGCAAUUGGACGCCGUGAAGCGUAAAUUACAUCCCGUUAGCAGCAAGCCGUCAGAAGGUGACGUGCUGAACGCCAAACGUUUGAAAUUGAGCGCUGCAGCCACGGCGUUGGAGUGCGCUGCCAAUAUAAAAUUAGGUGUAGACGAUUGUGUCGGCGCGGCGUCUAAGGCAACAAGCGACUUGCCGGCAAGAGCGACGGCAACAACAACCAUACCAUUGGAUUUGACCACUAAGGUUUAGACUUUCUUUAUUUAGUGAAGAUAUUACUGUUUAAUUUUUUUGUUGUUGUAAAUCAUUUUUAUAAAGUAUAUUUGUUCGUAAAACUUUCCACAAGAAUUUUGUUGAGAUCUUUGAUCAGUUUCUCUAGACCACAACUACUAGAUAACUAGGUAUUUCAUUUCUGACUUGUAAACACUAGCUUCAAAUUCUGUUUUUUGUCGUCUAAUCAUUUAUGAUUUCUUUGAGGAUUACUACAAGUUUCUAUAGAUCACUGAUCCGCAGUCAGCAAAGUUUUGAAAAUCUUUAUGGUCUUUCUUAUUAAAGCUACUAACUCGAAGUAGCUGUAAAUUACCAUACGUUUUCUUCGGACGAAACUGAUGAUCUUACAGAUUAGAGUAUAGAGAUCACUGACCUUUUGCUAUCAAUACUUUGAAAUUCGCCAUAUCUUUCCCUCCCCUAAAUGAUACUUCCUUCAAAUGACAAAUAAAUGACCGAAUUGUUAGCAUGUGAUCAUAUGAUUCUUUAAAAAUUAUCUUGUGAUGAUCUAAUCCAUCGUACUGAUUCAUUUAUUUGUGGUAACAAAAAAGUGGUAAUUAUUUAUGCAGCAAUUUUCCCAACUGUCACUUAUUCAUUUUUCACCUUACUGCACUCAGUAUGCCUUCACAAGCGAUCAUCUGUGAUCUCCCACCAAGUCAUCGUGUUUCCUUUCUAAAACGAAAUUAAAGCAAAAAUCAUUAUAAAUUAUGGCUGCGUGCUUGCAAAAGUCAUCGACUGCUAUAAAUACCACAGCAAAGCGCUAUAGCAGCGCAAGCGCAUAACAAAUUGAGUUCAGCCGUCGCAAGCGUGGCUAAAACAUACAUACGAACACAAAAACCAGGGUAAUUAACGAAUUUUUCGGUCAUGUUAUCACUUCAUUGCCAUUAAAAUAAAGAUAUAUUGACUAUCAACCGAAAAUGGCGAAAUAGAUAAAAAGAAAUUUGCUUACAAAUAGCUAAAGCACAGCAGUGGCGCGCAAAUGGCGAGCGUGUACAAGCAAACCAACGCUGAUUUGCAUGCAAAUUUCGCUAAGCGCACAGCGGGCGGGCCAAUCAGUUGGCAGCGCUUCAGCUAGCUGGAGUAUUUUGUCGGGCGCAAAUAUCAUUAUUGAGCUGUAUAACUGCACCAUUUUGUUGGAAUUAAUUUGUGAGUGUAAAUUCGUAUGUAUUCACAAACAUAUAUAUAAAUAUAUAAUAUUUUACUACCUUCUUCAUUACUUGCUGAUUUUAUAACGCUGCUCCACUCGUUCGGCACUAAUGCCACUGCUGUUAUAAUUCUAGCUUUUAUGGCAUAGCAAAAUAAUAAAUUAUUUAUGGCGUUCGCAAUAAAUAAAAACUCUUAAUGCCAUUUGGCAAAGCAGUUGACUUCUUAAGUUGACAAAAGCAGUCACCGAAGUGGUGACAAAAUGGUUACAAAAAUAUUUCAGAAAUUUUAUUAAGCAGUUUAUAUGUGCUUAAAGUAGUGGCAAAUGCUAUGGGUCUAACAAAUGUGUCAUAAAUUUAUUUAUAUUGUUAUGACAUAAAAAUAUGAAUGCUCAAAUUAGUAUGGCGCACCGCAAUAGAAAUAAUAUGAAAUAUAUUUUUUUUAACAUUUUUAACACCGACAAUUAAAUAGAUUAUUAAAAAAAACAAAAAGUCAA